UUUCAUAAGUCAAAAGGUGAAAUGAUGAGAUGAAAGGUGUCAACUUUUGACAAUAAGGCUAAAUCAUUGAAAAUAAGGAAUUUUCAUCAAACCUUAUCACUUUGCACGACCAUUAUUCUGAAAAACAGAGAGAAAAGAAAACCAAAAACCAUUUCUUGGCUGGUUUGAAGAAAUUCUAAGGAGAUCCAAGUGAAAGCAAAGCCAAAGAAGUAGAUUAAGCUUAGUUCUAGCCUUUUUAUGGUAAGUUCUUGUACUUGGAAGUUAAACUAUGUUUUUAAUUUUUCUGAGAACUUAUAUAUGGUGUUUUAUCAUUUUUAAGAUAUUUCUUGGGGUUUCCAAGUGGUUUGAGGUUUAGAAAAGCUUGAAGAGAUUGUUUUCGCCGAAAAGUUGCUCGGAUAAGCACAUCAAUACCUAAGACAUCACUUGUUACACGGUGAAAUAUAUUGUGGACAAAAGAUAUAUAAUAACACAGAUGGAUCAUGAACAUGGAAUUGGGGCUACUGAAGGCUCUUGCAGCAAUAAAUAUGAACAAGAAAUGGCUCAACUUCGAGCGGUAGUGAAUAGACAGGCUGAACAAAUUGAGAAGUUGUUAGCAGAACAACGACAAAGGCAAGCACCAACACCACCUACUGAAACUCCAACACCUCCACAAGCUCCACCUCCACAAGCUCCACCUGCAGUGCACCCCAUGGAACCAUUAUAUGAACGGUUCCGAAAACAACGCCCACCAGUAUUUGAAGGUAGCACUGACCCACUUGACGCACAAGACUGGAAGAGUUCUUUAGAAGACAUCUUUGAGUUCAUGCAACUAAGUGACAGGGAAAAAGUUUCUUGUGCUGCACAUACACUUAAAAAGGAUGCUAAGAUCUGGUGGGAAGUGGUUAAGCAGACUAGAGAAGUGAAUCAGAUGACUUGGGCAGAAUUUGAACUGGUCUUCAAUGAGAAGUUUUAUAAUGAAGCUGUGUUGACUGCCAAAGUAAGUGAGUUCACUAGAUUGCAACAGGGGAAUCUAUCAGUGGCUGAGUACGCCAGGACAUUUGACCGGUUAGCCAAGUUUGCACCAGACUUGGUUAACACUGAAACUAGUAGAGUGAAUCGCUUCCUGGAGGGUCUACAACCAGAAUUGGCUAGAGAUGUAGAUAUGGGACGUACAGGGCCUCUUUCUUAUGCUCAGGCUGUGGAGAAAGCUUUGAGAGCUGAACAUAGAGAAGAAAAAAUAACAAAAGCUAAAGCUGCUACUAGCACGCCUCGUAGAGACACUCCAUUCAACAAAGAACAAAGCCGCUUUCACAAUGACAACAAAAGAGGGGCCCAGAAUUUCCAAUUUAGACAAGGACAGAAUAAGAAAUUUAAAGGAGGUCAGCAAAACAGGCAACCUGGAUUCCAACAAAUGCCACGAUGUCAAACUUGUGGAAAGAAUCAUUUCGGGGAGUGCAGGCUUCUAACUAAGAGCUGCUUCAAAUGUGGCAAGGGGGAUCAUUUUAUCAAAGAUUGUCCAUUGAUGAAGAACCAACAAAUGAAGGAUGAACCUCAGAGGACAAAUGCUAGGGUGUUCACGAUUACUCAGGCUGAUGCUGAUACCAACAACUCUGUUGUGUCAGGUGAUAUUUUUGCAUCUGGUAUUCUCACUCAUGCAUUAAUAGAUUCAGGUGCCACGCAUUCAUUUGCAUCAUUGACAUAUGUAAAAAGGUUGGGUGGAUCGUGUGAAAAAUUGUCAGAAGUUUUUAGUACAAUGUUACCAUCUGGAGAGAUUCUGUAUUCUACUCAUUGGUUGAGGGGGGUUCCUAUUUGCAUUGAUGGUAGGGAAUUAUAUGCUGAUCUAAUAAUGUUAGAGAUGGCCGAUUAUGAGGUGAUUUUGGGUAUGGAUUGGCUUUCAAAGUAUAAUGCCACUAUUGAUUGUAGAAGGAAAACAGUGAUAUUUAAGCCUUCGGAGGAAGAUGAGUUUAUGUUUACUGGAGCGACAUCGAAAGGUUGCAUUCCAUUAAUUUCUGCUAUGAAGGCCAGGCGACUGUUGGAAAGUGGAUGUGUGGGUUAUCUCGCCAGUGUGGUUGACACGUAUAAGGAGCAAAAGUUAAAACCGGAAGAUGUACCGGUAGUUAGAGAUUUCUUAGAAGUAUUUCCAGAAGAUUUACCGGGAUUGCCUCCAGACAGAGAAAUUGAAUUUGUGAUUGAGCUACUUCCUGGUACAGCCCCUGUGUCCAAGGCACCUUAUAGAAUGGCACCAGCAGAACUAAAGGAAUUAAAGAUACAAUUGCAAGAACUCCUGGAUAAAAAGUUUAUCAGGCCUAGUUUUUCACCAUGGGGAGCUCCGGUGCUAUUUGUGAAGAAAAAGGAUGGGACGAUGCGAAUGUGUAUUGAUUAUAGAGAAUUGAACAAGUUGACAAUCAAGAAUAAGUAUCCACUUCCUAGAAUUGAUGAUCUUUUUGAUCAAUUACAAGGAAGAGGAGUGUUUUCAAAGAUUGAUUUGAGAUCUGGGUAUCAUCAAUUAAAGAUUAGAGAAGAGGAUGUACCAAAGACCGCAUUUCGAACUCGGUAUGGCCAUUAUGAGUUCCUUGUGAUGCCAUUUGGAUUAACUAAUGCUCCAGCUGCAUUCAUGGACUUGAUGAACAGGGUGUUUAAGGACUACCUUGAUAAGUUUGUAAUAGUGUUUAUUGAUGAUAUCUUGGUGUAUUCUCGAUCCCAAGAAGAACAUGAGGAACAUUUGAGGUUGACGUUGGAGAAAUUAAAAGAAAAACAACUCUAUGCCAAAUUUAAGAAAUGUGAAUUU